AUGGCAGCACUGCCGCCGGACGCAGCUGUGGAGGCGGCGGCGUCGUCGGAACCGGAGGAGGGGGAGCUGGUGACCAACAGGCGUGUGAUCCUGAAGCGCUACGUCACAGGGUGCCCCACGGAGGAGGACAUGGAGGUCGUCGUCGGCACCCUGCGCCUGGUCGUGCUGCCCGGGUCGGCGGCCAUCGUGGUCAAGAACCUCUACCUCUCGUGUGACCCCUACAUGCGCACCCGCAUGUCGAGGCACGACCAGCCAAGCUUCGUCCCGGAUUUCGUCCCAGGGGAGGUUCUGGAUAACUGGGCUGUGAGCAAGGUGAUGGUCUCUGGGCACCCGGAUUUCAAGCCCGGCGAUCUUUUGUGUCUUUUGACUGGGUGGGAAGAGUACAGCUUGAUCACCAACCCAAAAGUCUACCACAAGAUUAAUCACCCCGAAUUUCCACUCUCCUAUUACACCGGUGUUCUAGGCGUGCCGGGGAUCACCGCACAUGCUGGGCUUUUUGAAGUGGCCAAGGCAAAGAAAGGCGAGUAUGUCUUCGUCUCAGCGGCAUCAGGCGCCGUUGGUCAGAUCGUUGGGCAGCUUGCAAAGGUCGCAGGCUGCUAUGUUGUCGGCAGUGCUGGCUCUGAUCACAAGGUCAAUCUGUUGAUGACAAAGUUUGGCUUCGACGACGCUUUCAAUUACAAGAAGGAACUGGACCUCGACGCUGCCUUGAAGAGGUGCUUCCCUGAGGGCAUCGACGUGUAUUUCGAGAACGUGGGCGGCGCAAUGCUGGAGGCCGUGCUGCGCAACAUGCGGCCGUAUGGCCGGAUCGCCGUGUGCGGGCAGGUGUCGCAGUACAACCUCCAGCGGCCGGACGGCGCGCCAGACCUCUUCCAGCUCGUCGGGAAGCGCCUCCGCAUGGAAGGGUUCCUAGUGGGCGACUACGGCGGCGAGUACCGCCAGCGUUUCGAGGAGAAGAUGGCGGGGUACCUCAAGGAAGGGAAGGUGGUCUCCGUGGAGGACAUCGCCGAGGGGAUCGAGGCGGCGCCGGCAGCACUCGUGGGCCUCUUCUCCGGCCGCAACAUCGGCAAGCAGGUGGUUGCCGUCGCACGGGAGUGA